GUGCCCAAAGGUCCCGCGGGGCGGAGCGAGAGGCGGCGCCCCGGCAGAGGAGGCGGAUCCGGGAUCCGAUCCGGGGGCGCUCCCUCGGGCGGGAGGGCCGGAUCGCCUCCCUGCUGCGGGGAUCGAGCCCGGACGGAGCAUCCGUGAUGGGUCCGGCGGGGCUGGAGCUGCUGUCGGGGGCCUGCCUGGUUUUCACCCUGGGCAUGUUCGGGACUGGCCUGUCUGACGUGAAACAGAUGUUUAGGACCCAAAGUGUGGAAAACAUCCAGUUCCUGCCCUUUCUCACCAUGGAUGUCAACAAUUUGAGCUGGCUGAGUUAUGGAUUUCUGAAGGGGGACUGGACGCUCAUCCUCAUCAACGCUGUGGGCGCAACGCUUCAGACGCUCUACAUUCUGGUGUACUUCUACUUCAGUCCGGAGAAGCAUGCCGUGUUGUGGAGGACCAUGGCUUUAUUGGUGGUGCUGCUCCUUGGGUACGGCUACUUCAACCUUCUGGUCCCGGAUUUUUCCACGCGCCUGAACCGUCUGGGACUCUUCUGCAGCCUCUUUACCAUCACCAUGUACCUCUCGCCGUUGGCUGACCUGGCCAAGAUUGUGAAGAGCCAGUCAAUGCAAUGCCUCUCCUUCCCUCUCACUGUCACGACCUUCCUGGCUUCAGCGUCCUGGACCUUGUACGGGCUCCUCCUUCAGGAUCUUUACAUUGCGGUCCCCAAUGUGCCGGGCAUUGCCUCCAGCAUCGUUCGUUUCUGGCUAUUUUGGCGCUACCCUCCAGACCACGACAGAGCCUACAAACUGCUGCAGGCCUGAGGCCCAGGGGAUGGGCUUAAGACUGCCUUGAGCAAGGGGAAAGCGUGCCAAGGCUUUGUGUGGAUGCCGCGUCCGUGCGCAUGAUGCGCCUGCAAGAGCCCGGGGCCCAGCUGUUGGGAUUGCGCAACUUGCCUCUGCAGUGGGAACAAUCCGUCAUUCAUCUUGGGCGAAUGGUACAUUUGAAAACCACGGAGCCAGAGAGCCCCAACCCAACGCUCCCCCAAGGCAGGAAGACGACAAAAGGACCAACCCAUGCUUUCUGCAUUCUUUCCAAAUGCUUAGGGUAAAACAGGGUUGGGGGAACCUGAGGCCCUCCAACUCUCAUUAACCCCGACUAUUGGCUGUGCUGGCUAGGGCUGAUAGGAGUUCGAGUCUCAGAACAUGUGGAGGGCCACAGAUCCUCCGUCCCUGCUCUAGGCAAAGAAACGCGCCUUGGACUGGAGCGUUGCAUAAUGUCUACAGCAGGCGUGGGGAACCCGUGGCCCUCCAGAUAUUGCCGGACUGCACCACCCGUCAUCCCUGACCAUUGGCCAUGCUGGCUGGGGCUGAUGGGAGUUGGAGUCUAGCAACAUCUGGAGGGCCACGGGCUCCCCAUCCCUGCUUUACACCUCUGUAAGUGUAUUUAAUAUGUGAUCCCUGAUAGGUUGGGACAUGCAUCUAGGACGGGUGGGGAACCUGCGGCCCUCUAGAUAUUGCUGGACUACACCUUCCAUCAUCCCUGACCAUGGGCCAUGCUGGCUGGGGCUGAUGGGAGUUGGGAGUCCAGCAGCAGCUCGAGGAUCCCUACAGGUUCUUCACCCUUGGGUAGAAGAUGUAAGCGCAGAAAUGCCUCCCCAAAAAUGGAGUGACUGGGGAAAUCUCCCAGACUUUUCUACUGUGAGAGGGGUGGUGAUUGCCCCCUUUCUGUCUCUCCCCUCCAGUAGUGCCUUUUGACCAAGUUCUGUCUGUCUCCCAACCCACCCCACGGACCUCCUGCAUUUUUCAUAUGAUUAUUCUAAGUGCCUUGCAAUAAAGAGGACUGCUUUCCGGGA